UUCCUGGUUACAAAAAUGACAAAAAAACAUCAAAAUUUGUCGUCUGUGCUGCUAGUGAAGCCCUGCGUAUCAGUGGAUAUCAAAGUGAACGUCUUUAAACUCAUUGUUCUUAUCAGUUUAGUUUUAGUAGUCCGUGGCGGAGUAAUUGAUUCUUCUUUUGAUUCAAGAGUGUCAAUUCACCAUUCAACUCUUGAUAACUCUAGUCUCAAUAUGGCAGGCACCCCGGUUGUAAUUGGAGCUACGGCCAAACACACUGCCACUCUUAUUUUCCUUCAUGGUCUUGGAGACACUGGUCAUGGGUGGGCCAGCGCAAUGGGAGCGCUUAAAACCCCAUUCAUGAAAGUCAUAUGUCCUACUGCCCAGACAAUUGCUGUCACCCUCAAUUCUGGUUUCAAAAUGCCAGCCUGGUUCGACCUCAAAUCGCUCGAUGCAAGUGGUCCAGAGGAUGAAAGUGGCAUUAAAAAAGCUUCUCAACUUAUCCAUUCUAUGAUUGAUGCUGAAGUUAGUGCUGGUAUACCCUCUAAUAGAAUUGUUAUCGGUGGAUUCUCUCAGGGAGGUGCUUUGGCAUUGUAUUCAGCCCUCACUUAUUCUAAACCUUUGGCGGGUGUUGUGGCCCUUUCCUGCUGGCUGCCCCUGAACAAAAGCUUUCCUAGUUUUGUGGUUGGCAACAAGGAGACUCCUUUCCUUCAGUGCCACGGUGAUUGUGAUCCAAUUGUGCCAUUCAAGUGGGGACAGAUGACAGCCUCUAUUCUCAAGGGUUAUUUGAAGAGUAUUGAAUUCAAAACAUAUGGGGGAUUGAUGCAUUCGUCUUCUGACGAGGAAAUGAAUGACAUCAAGGAUUUUGUGCAGAAACAAUUGCCUAAUGUCUAACAAAGUACUAGCCUACCUAUGAGCUUCAAUACGACACUCCUACUGUCAUAAAUUUGAGUUACAUCGAUGCUAUUUGUACCUCUUUCGAUUUUUAAAUAGUGAGAUUAUCAAUAUACUGCAGCACUAGACCCAAUUUCUUUUUCCCAAUUCUUUACUAUUUUGAGAUUUACUGUUUCAAUACUCAAUACUAUUUUUUUUAUUGUAGUUUUAAUAAUGCAAAGAGAUUUUUUUUCCCUGUUUAAAUCAGAGGGAAGAAAAAGUGUUAAUAACUUAAAAAGAAAAAGAAACUCUGCCAGGCAUAAAUACCUCCACUUUUUUCUGGCAGGCAUAAAUACCUUCACUUAUUUUUCAGUUGUAGGUAAUGUGAAAACUGGAUUCGUUUCUCAGUAAAGAUUGUAUUGAGGAUUUUGAUUUCGAAAUCUAGUAUAUUUCCAUUACCCUUUUCUUAAGAUUGAUAACUCAACAAAUCUUACUAUUUUGUGGACUAGUCAUCUAUUGUUACUGAAUAGAAAAUGAAACUACUGUACUAUAAAACUGAUGUUACAUUUCAGAAGCUGGUUAGAUAGCUAGACAUUGUGUUCUACUCUAAGAUUAUUCUUGCGUGAUGUGUAAGUGGUGUAAUGUGAGUGGUAGUUAAAGAAAUGUUCUUCGGUUUGAUUACUUUGUGACAUAUUGGAUCUCAAGUCUUAAUGCAAGGAAGUCAACAAUUUUAAAAUUUGGAUGUAAAAACUGUACCAUAAGUAGCUUCUUUAAUUUUUAAAAGUAAGGGGUAAAUUUCCAUGAAAUAUUUUUUAAGUGGGUUUUGAUCAGCGAUGGCAACUGUGUAAACAUGCUCAAAUCCACUGAUGUGAUACCAUUCGUAUGUGAAACAGCAAAGUCCGAUUUGUAAACUAAGUUUCCGUUAGAUUCUAUGCACUAGAGAUCAUGCAGCAGUUGCUUGCACAAUGUCUUUUUUUUACUUCUCACUUUACUUUUAUCUUUGACACCUUUCUAUGUACUUAGUCAAAAUGAGAUGUAGCGCAAUUUUAAAUUAGACCCCUGUCAUUGAGCUUGGGCAUCUUCAAUUUUACGUAGCAGGUGUAGAAUUUUCUUGAAACCAUUUUAACUUUUGGCCGCUCCUUGAGAUUCUUGCAUUUAAAACCCUUCACUUACAACCAUUGUGAUCAUUAUUCUUUACUAUAAUGCUCCAGUUCAUGAUUGUUAUGAUUCAUCAACUAUCUUUAAUAUGGGAACAUCUUGUUAAUUAACAUGUCUAUUAUUUUGAAAACAUUAAUUAACUGUUGGUAGAUGAGUAUCUCUUACAUCGAAAUGUUUUUGGAAGUGCAGAUGCAGCUAAUUGCUAUGCGUGGCUUCUUUUUUCGAUUGUAGUGGUUGUAAUGUCAUGUUUCUAACUCUGGGAAAGAAUCUGAGUGAACUUAUUUUUGUGAUACUUUAUUUUCUAUAGUGAAUUGUAUCAAAUAUUUUGUGUCAUCAUAGAAGUAUACCAUGAUUUUGAAGCCCAGUACACUAGUAUUGAAAUUUUUGAUGAUUUCAAUCAAAUAUAUCAUGUAUUGUAAAAGUAAAAUGAAAAUAAACAAUACAUUCGGGUAA